AGCGAAGGCGGACAUGGUGGUCUUCAGAGGCUGAUGACGACACACACACCAAGAUAAAUACAGUUACAAAGCAUUGACCUGAUGCAGACAUGAAAGCCAUGAAUCCUUCCGACACAGUGAAAAAGGUAUCUCUCCAUGUAGCCGACUUCGCAAUUUUGGCCAUCCUUUUGGCAGUGUCUCUGUCAAUUGGCCUGUACUUUGGAAUCAAGAACCGGAAACGACAGACAAGAGAUGAAUACCUUCUGGGAGGGAGACACAUGAGUCCCGUCGCCGUGUCGUUGUCCAUCUUUGCCACGUACAUGUCGGCGGUGUCGUUGCUGGGCAUCCCGGCUGAAGUGUACAGUUAUGGCACCAUUAAUUUCCUAAUAACCAUUGGCAUCACCCUGAGCUACGUCAUGGGAUACUUCACGGUGGUGCCCUUGUUCUAUGAGUUGCAUGUGACAAGCAUCUACCAGUACUUUGAAAUGCGGUUCAAAUCUUAUGCAGUCCGUUUAAUAGGAGUAUUUCUGGGAAUUCUAGUUCAGAUAGUGUACACAACGGUCACAUUGUUGUCCCCAGCCUUCGCUAUGCAAGCAGCUAUUGGUCUCCCCCUUUGGGUAUCAGCAGUGGUCAUCGGUGGUAUUGGCACCAUAUAUACUGCUCUGGGAGGCUUAAAGAGCGUUGUCUGGGCAGAUGUUUUUCAAACAAUAGUCAUAUAUCUAGGUCUGAUUGCAGUCUUCAUUAAGGGAAUUGUAGAUAUCGGGAAUCCCUCCAAGAUACUGGAGCUGAAUAACAUUGGAGGCCGAGUGCAGUUUGAAACGAGUGCGGAUCCACGUAUCAGCUACACGGUAUGGAGCGUGACUCUUGGCAGUGCCUUUUCUUUCUUCUCAUACACCUUUGGCCAGGCCACAAUACAGAGAACAGGUGCCGUUGCAAGUCUCAGAAAGGCAAAGCUCGCCUAUCUGAUGAACAUUCCAAUGCUGGUGCCGUUCUUCAUGAUCUUGAACUUUACAGGCAUGUUGAUCUACGCAUACUUUCAUUCCAUUCAUUGUGAUCCAAUGGAAGCUGGCUUUAUAUCCAACGAAAACCAGAUAGUUCCUUACUACGUUUUUCACAUCUUGAGCUCAGUGCCUGGACUGUCCGGGUUGUACGUCGCCACUCUCUUCAGUGGAAGCUUGAGCACUGCAUCUUCGUUGAUCAACGCCCUGUCUGCAAACACCGUAGAGGACCUUCUGAAGUACCCUAUCAGCAGGUUCAACAUAACAGAGGCAAAGGCAACCAUCAUUGCUAAAUUAUCAGGUUUCUUUUACGGAGCUUUAACGGUAGGCCUGGUUUAUGCUGCCAAGUCCUUCCCUGGAACUGUUGUCAGGACGGUCAUUUCUGUCGUGGGAGCCUGUGGAGGUCCUGUAACUGGGAUGUUCUGCCUCGGUGCUAGCGUUCCAUGGGCAAACAAAUAUGGCGCCCUGGCUGGAGGACUAGGUGCACUGACAUUCAACCUAUGGCUGACUAUAGGAAGCCAGCUGUAUGGGACACCGACUCAUCAUCUUCCUCCUGCACCAUCAGACAAAUGUGAUACAACUGUUUUUCUUAAUUCAACUCAUCCUGUCUACAAUAGGACAUCAAGUGUGAUGGAAGAGCACGUUCUGCAUGGAGCAAGUUCUUCUCCACCAUCGUCGAUUUACGACAUCUCACACUACUGGUAUGGAGUGUUCGCGAUGUUCAUUGUAAUGGUUUUGGGUUCAGUUGUCAGUUAUUUCACAGGGUCUCUUGAUUCCGGCACGAACGACCCCAAGCUAAUGUUCCCGUUCGCACGCCGUCUGUGGCGGAUGAAUAGCACUUCGAUCAACAACGAUGGAUCCAUGAGCAUCAGGCUGGCGAAGGAACACCCGGAGGACUUCAAAAUAAUGGACGCAAAAGAACGAGAUUUAAUGCUCUGAAACUUACAGAAUCUUUCCAAACGUUUCCUGGUGAUCAUUUACAAACUUUCCAUUCAACACAACUUCAAAAGUAGACGUUAAACUACAAGACGUUCAACUGCAAGAGCAGACGUUUAACACAACUACAAGAGAAGAUAUUAAACACAACUACAAGAGAAGAUAUUAAACACAACUACGAGAGAAGACGUUCAGCACAACUACAAGAGAAGAUGUUAAACACAACUACAAGAGAAGACAAGAUGUUAAACACAACUACAAGAGAAGAUGUUAAACACAACUACAAGAUAAGACGUUCAACACAACUACAAGAGAAGAUGUUAAACACAACUACAAGAUAAGACGUUCAGCACAACUACAAGAGAAGAUAUCAAACACAACUACAAGAGAAGAUGUUCAAACACAACUACAAGAGAAGAUGUUAAACACAAACUGCAAGAGAAUACGUUCAUUCCAACUACAAAAGAAGAUGUUUAUUAAAUUACCGCAAGAAAUGAUCUUA